GUUAUCAAUGAAUAAAUAGAUCAAAGACUUUUUGAUUCAAUAAGAAAUAUUCGUAAACUAAAAGAGAGUCUAUCAUAAUGCUUUCAACACAGAAAAAGGUAUACUUUUCCAGAAUUUAUAUUUACAGGUGAAAUUAGAUUGUGUUAAAUAAUUGCAAAGCCUCCAAUAAUACCAAAUAUUCUUUAGAAUUUCAAGAAAAUUUAUUCGGUUUAAAGUAGAAAUGUCAUUCAAUACCUUGAUUUCGUUGAGUCAGAAAAUAAUUACUAUAUAUUCAUGGAAUAACUAAAUUAAGGAACUUUAGAUGAUAUUAUCAACACAUAAAAUAUUAAUGAAGAUAAAGCGAAAUGUUAUUUUAGAGAAAUCUUAAAUGGAUUAAAAUGUAAGUUAAAAAAGCAUAUUUAGCCUUGCAUGAAAAUAAGAUUACUUUUGUAGAUCUUAGUCCAAAAAACAUUUUUAAAAGCGACGACUCAAUUAAAAUAGGAUAGAUCAACAUCUGUUCUGAUUAACUAGCUAAUAUGUAAACUGAAGAAGAUUUUAAAAAAUUUGGUAUUGUCAAAGAAAUAAUUCCACCUGAAAUUCUACAAAAUUAAACAAUUUUUUCUAUGGCCUCUGAUUUAUACACUGCAAGUGUUCUCUACUUUAAAAUGAUAUUCAAGAGAUUCCCUUUUAAUGGUGAAACUAAAACAGAAUUGAUUGAUAAAAUCAAAGAAAACAAUAUAGUAAAUAGAACUAUCAUAAUAGGAUUUCACUUGCCAAGAUUAAGCUGUUAGCAUGGAAACUAUUGACUUUCUUAAAUAAACUCUUAAGUAUGAACCCAGUCAAAGAUUAAAUUGGUCAUAAGUAUACUCUCAUCCUUUAUUGAAAUUACUCAACAUUGUCAAUGAUUAUAUUGUCUAAUCUACUUUAUUAUCGAUUUCCAUCAAUAAAUUAAUCACAAGAUCAGAUCUCGUAACAAAAACCUUUGAUUGCGAAAAGAAUAGAUAAUUUUAUUAAGAGAUAGAAUAAAAUAAUCAAGCUGUCAAUAAUAAUAAUAAUAUAGAACCUGCUCAAAACAAUGAUAAUGGUAAAAUUUGAAAUCAUUUAAUUGUAUUUUAGCUUUGAAUGAGGAAUCAGAGUAAUUUAAAAAAUAAUUAUCCAUUGUAAAAGAUCUUUUUAAAUCUCAAAGAACAACUUUAUUAAAGAAAUAAGUAGACUAUUACAUUGAAUAACGGUAUUUUAGAUUGUUUAUUAUAGAAACAUGUAUUCGAGUCUAUCAGAAACACUAAGCUAUGUAAGACUCUUUGAUCAGGAAUUUAAGUCAUUUACCUUAUAAUUUGUAAUCUUAAAGAUUAUUUAUCUCAUUUCACAAUCGUUGAUUUAACAGAUUGAGGAGAUCAAAUAUGCAACAAAACCUGAACAAUGUUUCACUCAAAAUUUACAAGAAUAAUAUGAUAAUUUAAAGAAAAAAAUAGAUGAAGAACACAAAAUUAUAAAUUCACAAUUCAAUAAGAUGUUAGAGCAAUCCUAAUCAAAUCUAGAAAGAGCAAGAAUGAGAGGAAAUGUUGAUUAGAAAAUAUCAGAUAUCAUCAAUAAAACUUCAUAAUAUACCUUAUUUGAACUAUUGAGAGAUUAGACAAAACAAUUUAUUGAAAAAGUACCUACGUUUAAUUAGAUAAUCCAAAAUAAAAAAAUUGAUCCCAAAACUCAAUACGAGAUUAUUAUAUAAGUCUUAUUUAGUCUAGCUUUAAUUGUCUCAUACCUGUUGAAAUGGAGCCCUACAUAAAUUCUGUAAAAAUCUCCCAUCGAAUAUCUAGAGGUAAUUUGCUUUAAUUGUAAUUUUAGUAUAUUAGAUAAGAAUCCGUUGAAACUCUUAUAACCGAAUGUUAAUAAAAAUCUCAAAGUAUUGAUUAAGCAUUUGACAAAAUAUCAAAAGCCUAAAUCAGGCAAUUUUGAGAUUGUUAAUUACUGAGAGAAUUAGAAUAAAUUAUUAAAAUCACAUUUCUAUUUGAUUAAAA